AUGGUGCGAACUUUGGGUUUGCAGUUACAGCCGUUCGAUUACGCUUCCCACACAGAUGACGUUGGAAUCGAAUGGCGUAAAUGGCUAAAAUCGUUUGAAACGAUGGUUCGAGCCAGCCGAAUUGAAAACGAUGAAUGGAAAAAUGAUUUAUUGCUGCAUUUCGCUGGGUCGAGCGUCCAGCAAUUGGUAGAUACGUUGCCCGAAUUACCAGAAAGCAACAUGCGAGGUCCUUUGGUAAACGUGGAAUGCUACACACCCAAUAUGACAAGCUACGAGGAGGUGGUAACAAAAUUGAACAGUUUUUUCUUACCCAAAGAAAAUGCUACAUAUGAACGACACCUUCUGCGACAAAUGAAACAGGUGUCGGGAGAGAGUAUUGAUGCAUUCACUGUCAGGCUACGCGUGCAGGCCGAACGAUGCGGAUUCGGAGAUAAAGUAGAGGAGAAUGUCAAAGACCAGAUUAUUCAGAAUUGCCAGUCGGCAAUUUUGCGCCGAGAUUUGCUUAAACAGGGUGAUGCCAGUCUGAAGGAUGUACUUGCGGUUGCCAAAAUUUUUGAAACAGUUGCACAACAAGAAAAAUCAUUUGCUGGUACAGUACAACCUAAUCCACCGGUCAAUGAAAUAAACAAAAUCGAAGCCAGCUCAUCACAAGGAAAAAGAAACUUUCUUGAUACAGUAGAGCGAACGGAAUGUUAUCGAUGCGGAUAUUUCGGUCACAUGGCUAGAGAUGAUAAAUGCCCCGCGAAAGGUAAAUCGUGCAAUAAAUGUGGCAAUCGAGACCACUUUGCAAAAAAAUGCCGCACUCGAAAACAACCGUUCUACUCAAAAGACAAACGAGAGAAGGAUCACACGGACAAGACUCUCGAGCGCAGAGAGCACACAGACAAAGUUCCGAGCACCGUCCAACAUAUUAAUAACGAAAACACAGAAUAUGUAUUCAACGUGACGACAAGCGAUGGCAACGAUGAAAUGCUAUGCGAAAUAGGUGGUGUUACUGUAGCUGUGGUGAUUGAUUCGGGUUCAAAGUACAACAUACUGAGUAAAUCAAUUUGGGAGAAAAUGAAAACUAGUAAGGUCAUUGUGUCGAACCAAAGACAGGAAGUAUCGAAGGUUUUUAGAGCGUACGGUGGACAGGCACUGCCUUUGCUUGGAGCAUUCACUGCUACCAUUAGGUUUGGUAAGCAGGAAAAUUUAGCUGAUUUUUAUGUUGUACAGGGAAGUGGAAAAUUAUUGAUUGGACGCGAUACAGCAACUGCUAUGGGAGUGCUAAAUAUCAAUAGUUCAGUGAAUGGUAUCGACAUUGAAAAAGGAUCCGCUACCCUAGGAACAAUUAAAGAUAUUGUAAUCGACAUCCCAAUCAAGAUUGACGUCAUACCGGUUGCCCAACCAUAUCGUCGCAUACCAGUCGCCUUGGAGAAAAAAGUAGAUCAAAAAAUUGAUGAACUAUUGGUCCAAGGAGUCAUCGAGAAAGUUAAUGAGCCUGCUAGAUGGGUUUCUCCCGUUGUAGUCGUGCCCAAAGGCGAUGAUGUCCGUGUCUGCGUCGAAAUGCGUCGAGCAAACGAAGCUAUCGAACGGGAAAAUCACCCGUUGCCGAUCAUCGAGGAUUUUCUCCUACACAUGGGGAAGGCAAGACUAGACGUGAAAAACGCGUUUCACCAGGUGGGCUAAUACGACGUGCAGUUGAUCCAAGUUGACAAUUCAAUUAAUUCAAUGGAAAACAAAU